CGAACGUGUGCUUGUGUGAUCCACGGUGCAGACGGUCUGGUCGAUUUGGGUCGGUAAAUAAUAACAACUUUUUGAAAAUGAGGGGACUUUUUGUUUUGGCACUGGUAGUGGUGACAGUGUAUGCCCAAGAGCCUCAGAGAUGUGCGACACCAACAAUCUGGGAGGCCCGUCUGUUCGAGCAAGACAGAAGCAAGAACUUCCAGAGGCGCGCUAAGCUGUCUUAUGAUGAGGUGAACCAGCGCGUCAGGCGGAUUGAGGAGGUGGACUUCAGCGAGUCUCGGGACUUCUACGACGAACUCUUCCUCCAUAAUGUCGGUAUUGCCUACCGUCUUAACCUGCGCACACGUGUCUGCAACGUGACAGCCCUUUCGUCACCCUUCAGACGGGUGGGUAUCCCGACGUUCGCCAAGUUCCGUGGGGAAGGUUACAUCGGUGCGUCUGUCCCUAACGCGGGGGUACUUGUGUCUUUGUGGGACGGGGCAACACCCGACGGAGGCUUUUACUUCGGCGCCUGGACUGUCUUGGACUGUGUGCCAGUUAAUGAUGGUUACUUCAGUAACCAGACUGGAUUCAUCAGCUGGAAUUUCUUUGAUGUCACCCUCGGUAUUUCCGACCCCAAUGUCUUCGUUCCUCCAUCAGAGUGUGCCAGUCAGGAAUUCAAAGUUGUAGUCUAAAUCAUGUUUAUAAGUACUAGCAAAACAUCAUAGGCGCAUGACCAACUCUGCGGAACAUACAGGCGCUGGUAGCUGGAUUCGUGUACUGCUCUGUCCGAUGUAUUUGUAUGCUCUGCAAGGCCAGUACAAGAACCCAUUUACCAUGGAACUGUAGUUAGUGUCUCCACACCCUUGGAGACCGCUUAGUCCGUUACUGGGGCAGGCGAUUAUCCUAAUCCACUAGACUGAUACUCCAUCAUAACUUUGUGUGUAAUUUAUGCGAGAGUUGCAUCAAUAAACAUGUAAAUAAAACCCAUUAACACAUUC